AUGUAUAGGACACCGACAUCAGAGCCGAUUGCUAUCAUAGGAAAUAGCUGCCGAUUCGCUGGAUCUGCCACGUCGCCUUCGAAACUGUGGGAAGUGCUAUCAGCCCCCCCUGAUCUUUCCAAAGAGGUGCCCCAAAAUCGAUUCAACGCUGCUGGUUUCUACCAUCACGAUGGUGAAUAUCACGGAACAACCAACUCUGUCAAAGCGUACUGGCUGGAACAAGACCACAGAGUAUUCGAUACUGCAUUUUUCAAUAUCACACCUAAAGAAGCCGAAGCAAUUGACCCCCAACAGCGAAUGUUACUCGAAGUUGUCUAUGAAGCUAUGGAAUCUGCUGGCUAUACCCUGGAUGGGUGCUCGGGAAAGAACAUAGCCGUAUUCGCUGGAGUUAUGACAGCAGACUACGACACAUUGUCUCAGCGUGAUGAACUAUCAGCAAGUCAGUAUUACGCUACUGGAAAUGCCCGGUCCAUUAUCUCAAACCGAAUUUCAUACUUCUUCAACCUGCACGGCCCGUCGAUGACGAUCGAUACCGCGUGUAGCUCCUCCUUGGUGGCUCUGCACCAAGCUGUUUUGAGUCUACGCUCUGGGGAAUGUACUAUGGCAUAUGUUGCUGGUGUGAACCUCAUGAUCACUCCUGAACAGUUUAUAGUAGAGUCAAGCUUGCAUAUGUUGAGCCCUAGCGGCAAAAGCCGCAUGUGGGACAAGGAUGCUGAUGGCUAUGCACGUGGAGAAGGUGUUGCUGCGUUGCUGCUCAAGCCACUUUCUCGGGCACUACAAGACAGAGACUCAAUCAUUGGAGUCAUUCGAGAAACAGGAGUGAAUUCUGAUGGUCGCACUAAAGGGAUUACUAUGCCCAAUCCAAUUGCGCAAGCUGCACUCAUCAAAGCUACAUAUACGAGGUCGGGUCUGGAUCCCCGACAAGCGGGAGACCAGUGCCAGUAUUUCGAGGCACAUGGGACAGGUACCCAGGCUGGAGAUCCAAAAGAGGCUGAGGCCAUACACGAAGCAUUUUUCGGGCCAUCGUCGAGCCAUGUAGAUCUUGGCAAGAAGAUGUUAGUUGGGAGCAUCAAGACUGUCAUAGGACACACUGAAGGUGCUGCUGGGCUUGCUGGGGUUCUCAAAGUCUUACAAGCCAUGAAGAACGGUGCGGUACCACCAAACCUACACCUCGAUACCUUGAACCCAAGCAUCAAGCCUUUCUAUAAGCACAUUGAGAUUCCAACAACGCUUGUGCCUUGGCCAGAGACACCAGUCGGCCAACCUAAAAGAGCCAGUGUAAACUCAUUCGGGUUUGGUGGAACCAACUCCCACGCAAUCAUUGAAGCAUACAUGCCCGAAAUCCACAACCAAGUAGCAUUCCAGUGUAGGACUUCCUCGCAAACAUUACUCGCACCACCUCACAAACCAUAUAGCUCUCAAUCCCAACUGAGCAAGGCUUGUGGUAUGUUACCAAUCGGGCUGUCCGCUUCGUCUCAAAAGUCCCUGGCGGCUGUUGUUGCUGUAUGGCGAAAACAGAUUCUUCGCCAUCCCGACAUUACCCUCAAUGAGAUCAGCUGGCAUCUACUUGUACGACAGUCGGCCCUGCCAUAUCGACUUUCUAUGUCCGCUAGAUCAACAGCAGAGGCCGUGGUACUUCUAGACAAGGCUUUAGACAAGUUUGCACAAAGUGGCGACAUCGGACUGAGACCCCAACCACCUGGCGAGAAGCCACGCAUCCUUGGGAUUUUCACCGGACAGGGAGCCCAGUGGCCAACGAUGUCGAGGGCGCUGCUUCUAUCGAAUAGCAGAUACCGUCAAACAAUCCGGGACCUGGACCACGCCUUGCAGUCAUGCCCCAACCCGCCAGCUUGGAGAUUGGAGGAGCAGCUUCUUAACGAAGGGGCUUCUUCUCGCAUCCAUGAGGCAGAGAUUUCGCAACCCGUGUGCACUGCAAUUCAGCUGGGCCUAGUGGAUCUCCUGAGUAGUCUGGGCGUGACCUUUCAUACCGUGAUUGGCCAUUCAUCCGGCGAAAUCGCUGCGGCAUAUGCCGCAGGUAGACUUACAUCGAGGGAUGCGAUCCUGAUCUCGUACUAUCGCGGUUUAUAUGCCUACCUUGCUGGAGGCCCUGGCGGCGAGAAAGGCGGCAUGAUGGCGGCCGGCCUCUCGGAGAAUGAAGCCCUGGGCUUCUGCCGGGAUCCUAUAUUCAACAAUAGGAUCUUCGUAGCUGCAAGUAACGCCCCCCUCAGUGUGACGCUAUCUGGAGACCAAGAAACAAUUGAGCUGGCGAAGGACAAGUUGAUCCAGCAGAAUAAAUUCGCCAGAAUCAUCCAUGUCGAUACGGCGUACCACUCUCCCCACAUGACGCAACCUGCGAUAGAGUACACGAAGGCACUCCGGAACUGUGACAUAUCCCCCCUCUCGGGUCGCAACGAGGUACGAUGGGUCUCUAGCGUCUACGGGUUUAGUCCAGGCAGUGAAAGAGAUCUCGGUGCAGAGUAUUGGAAAGACAACAUGGUCCACGCAGUUCAGUUCAAAGACGCUUUGAUAGCCGCAGUCGAAGGACAAGAGCCAUUUGAUUGCGCACUGGAGAUUGGGCCUCAUCCAGCACUUCAGGGGCCCGUCACUCAGACUCUGAAGGCUUCGGCGGUUUCGCUACCUUAUGCCGGAGUUUUGGAAAGAUCGAAGGACGAUCUAUUAGCAUUUUCCAACUUCCUAGGGUUCUUAUGGUGUCAUUUAGGUCCUUCAGCUAUAGACUGGCGCCGCUACGCUGAGCAGUCCAAUGAAGCUUGGCUUGCGCAUUCUCACGUACCGGACGCACCGACAUACCCAUGGGACCACUCCCAGUUCCAUUACAGGGAGUCUCGACUAUCACGGCAAUACCACUUCAAAGAAGACGUUCCUCAUGAACUCCUAGGAGUGCGGACCCGCGAUGAUAACCAAUUUGAACUGCGAUGGCGUAAUAUACUCCGGCUGGAGAAGAUACCUUGGCUAGAGCAUCACAGCUUCCAAGGGCAGGCUCUUGUCCCAGCGUCUGCUUACUGCAUCAUGGCUUUUGAUGCGGCACACACUCUUCUCAAAGAAAGACCUGCAACUCUCAUCGAGAUCAAGGACUUGGAUAUUUUGAGCGGCAUCAGUGUCGAGCCUGACGCACAGGGAACUGAAGUCAUGUUUACCAUGUCCGUGACUAGUGGAGUUGGGAACCGAGGCUUAGACGACCUACUAGAAGCAAAAUUCAGUCUCUCAUCCUGUGCAGCUGAUGGGAGCACCACGAUGAAGAGGAAUAUGGUUGGCAACCUGCGCAUUGUUUUGGGGGAACCUCGCCCUGGCGCACUACCUCCGAGGAAAAGACAAGGUGCCGAGACGUUGUCAGCUAACCCGGAAGCCUUCUAUCGGAUGAUGGAUAAGACAGGCCUGGUGUAUAGCGGGCCUUUCAGGGCCCUCAACUUUAUUGAGCGCCGGUUCAACUUCUCGUCUGCUGGCCUUAGACGCCACCACAUUGAGGACAGUACCAGUCUUUUGAUCAGCCCUGCCACGCUGGACACUUGUCUUCAGUCUGCGUUUUUGUCGUAUGCCUCCCCAGGUGAUCGAUCCCUGUGGGCCCCAUUUCUGCCUACGCACAUUGAUAGCAUUCGCUUCAACAUUGCCGCGCUUAGGCAGAACACCAAUGGGGGCUUGUUGGUCGAUUCCCAGUUGUCCAGCAUACAACACACCACGCAAGAAUCCAAAGCGGUUUUCACCGCGGAGAUUGGAAUAUUCAAUGAUAAGGAAGAAAUGGAGAUUCAGAUCGAAGGCCUUCAGGUAACAUCAAUAGCUAAAACACGACCAGAGGACGAUUACGAGCUUUACCUGCACACGGUUGUCGACGUCGACCCCACGGAUGAAAUCGUGCGGGCAGCAAUCAAUACUCACGGGAAGGCAGACCCCUUGCUCGUCGAGACUUGCGACAGACUUGCUCAUUUUUACCUGCAUGAUCCUCAGCAAUCCAUGUUGGGAUUGUCGAGCAAGUUUAGCCAAUCGACAGUACUACAGGAGUGCCACUCGUACCAACCAGGUCCCACAGAGCAGAUCGAGACACUAGUGUGCGCCAUCGAUCAAGUUAUUCGGGAUGCUAGCGCAGAAGUCCAGUUCAGCCGGCACAUUCAGAGAGUUGUGCAGCAAUUUGUCCACAAGUUUCCGCGCAUGAAUGUGCUCAGUAUCUCGGCGCCAGGCGACGAAAUUGAACAUUCCAUCCUCUCAGGCCUUGGUACAACAAUCAUGUCCUACACAAUGGCUUCAAUUGACCAUGAUGCCGCGGAUAUAUUACCAGCAAGCGAAGGUGCAAAUGACACAGGAAGCAGGAUGCACAAAGUCAAGUUGAAUCUUGACCAAGCCAUAGACGCUCAACUAUUGACUGGAGAUUCCUUCGAUCUCGUCAUUAUGAGUACUUCGGUCCUACGGGCAGCCAAUGUUUCUACGACCCUCCACAACGUACGGGCUGCAAUAAGAAACGGUGGCUUCUUAAUUCUCAUGCAACUACCCCAGAGUGCUUUGAGAGCAGGGAUCAGACUCAUCGCCGACUCACAACCUCCAAAAUUUCCCUUAAGCAUAUCUGAGCUAGUAGCAAAACACAUUGAUGGGUUUGGGUUCAGAAAUGUUGCAAGAAAUGCUGAUCAGUUCUAUUCCCAUGAUUCUGCUCUAGCAGUCCGCCAGGUUGAUCACCUAACGGCGGAUUUCUUGGACGCAGCCUUGAAGCAAUCGACUGUUGAUAUCAGCGAGAAGUUGUUGAUAAUCGGUGGGACAUCUAGGCAUCUUGAGAGGCUGGCAUAUCGCCUUAAAGAUCGCCUUGCGGCCUUGUGCGGUCGGAUCGAUGUUGCAGAGUCGUUCGAAGAGAUGGAACCAUCGGUUUUGGAACAAUGUACUUCCACCAUCAUGCUUGCCGAAUUGUCAGAACCAGUCAUUACUGCAAUGACAGAGAAGCGGCUGUCACAGUUGAAGCGACUGCUACGCCCGCAGGUAUGCGCUCUUUGGGUCACGCGCGAGGCGCGAUCCGGUAACCCAGAUCACGCUGCCACAUUUGGCUUCACCAGAACUAUCGCGGCUGAAGUCCCAAAUCUCAAGAUACAGGUCCUGGAUAUGGAUACACUGGAUAACAUGGAGUCCUUGAUAGCCGAGGCGUAUACACGCCUGAUUUACACUGAUUCAUUGGCCGAGGACAGGCUGUGGAUAAGGGAACCGGAAAUACACAUAAAACAAGGACGACAGAUGAUACCUCGCGUACUGCCCCUCAAAGAGGCCAAUGAUCGAGUCAACGCAAUGAGACGUGUGGUGUCUCGAUCGAUCAACACCAUUCAAACCCGCGUGGACCUCAUCACAACCUCAGAUCCAGGCGGCUGGCCACGCUAUGAAGCGAAGCAGUCCAACAAAGACUGCUGGGCGAAUCCCAAAACAGGGUUUGUGUCCAUACAGACUGCCUACAGCUCUGCUGAAGCACUCAAGCUCGGAGUUCGAAAUUUCAAACACGUCUGUAUUGGCCGAGAUAUGGAUACGAGUGCUCUCACAGUGGCGCUUUCAUCAUCCAAUGCAUCAUAUAUCCGCGUUCCUGCUCACUCCACGCAAGUGAUCACCGAUGGGUACGACCGAUUAUCAAAUUUUGUUCAUACGCUCAUGCGAUAUAUGACGGCAUUUAUAAUCUGUAGCCAGACCCGAGGCCGGCCAGCAGUUAUCGUUGGGGCAGAUCCGGUUCUCCUCGAUUGCGUUGAGCAGAUCGCCUCAGCUCAAGCUGCGUCUUAUCAGUCCUGGACCGUCUCUGCAAGCAUGGACUGCGGUCCCUCGAGAAGCAUCAUUGUGCAUCCAAAAUCAACAGACAGCCAGCUCAGAACACUCUUCCCCCCUGCGGGCUGCAUUAUCUAUGACUUCUCACCUGCUAAUGGUGAGAUGUCUAGGCGGUUUCUGGAUUUGCUCCCGAGCAAUUGCGAAUAUCACCCAGGUCCAUCCCUGUUAAGUCCCUAUAACGGCUAUGAGACACAGGAUACAACAGCUAUAGACCUGCCGCUGGACUCAAUCUUCCGCGAGGCCGUAUCCAUGGCAGCCCAAAGAGCUUCAGCCGACAGUAUGCCUGCGUUCGAGACAAUAUCAGUGAAUGUGUUGAUUACGCGCAAAAUGCGUCAAUCUCCGAUCAACGUGAUUGACUGGGCCAUUGAGCGCGACACGGUUGAGGUCGUCAAACCUCUAGUCGAAGACCACCUCUUAGAUCCACUCAAGACUUACAUUCUCAUCGGGCUAACGCGAGAUUUUGGGCAGAGUCUCGCCAGGUUGUUCAUUGAUCAUGGGGCCCGCCGCCUGGUUCUGGCCAGCAGAAACCCGAACACGUCUCCCAAGUGGGCGGAAGAGUUGAGCCAGGCCCGGGGGGCUAUGAUCAGCAUUGAGAAGCUGGAUGUCACCAAACUGGAGGAUGUCUUGGCUUUCAAAGAAAGAAUGUCCGCCUCCAUGCCUCCCGUUGCGGGCAUCGUGAACGGUGCGAUGAUCCUAGAAGACCGAGUCUUCUCGCAGAUGACGCUCGACAACUGGAACCGUGUAUUGCGACCUAAAACAGUGGGAUCGAAGAACCUUGAGCUGGCGUUCUCGGAUGCUACCCUCGAAUUUUUCAUCAUGACAUCGUCCUUCGCCGCCAUCGGAGGACAUCCGGGGCAGUCGAACUACGCAGCAGCCAACAUGUACAUGAACGGACUCGCUGCGAACCGACGCAGGCGGGGGCUUGCGGCGAGCGUGCUGAACAUUGGUGUGAUAUACGGACUUGGGCUGCUGCAGAGAGAAAAGGAGGAACUCUACCUGGGUCUCGAGAGGGAGGGGUAUCCGCCCAUCUCGGAGCGCGACAUCCAUCACAUGUUCCUGGAGGCGAUCGUGGCCGGUAGGCCAGCGGAACCGAACCAGCCCAUGGACAUCACGACAGGCCUCAGCAGAUUCCAAUGGGGGAGCCAGAAUCCCUUGCAUUGGCACACGGAUCCGCGCUUCAGUCACUUCACCAUGAGCGAGGCGGCCGGGCAAGCUGAUAGGCGCAAGGCCAAGGUACAGACAAGCUUGAUGGAAGAACUCGCAGCACUGCGGGAUAUUGAAUCCAUGACAAGCCGCAUGGUGGAUGCUUUCACCGAGCGCCUCGAGUCCCUACUUCAGCUACCGGGGGGUACUGUUAACCGCCACAGUACCUUACCCGAGCUCGGUAUCGACUCUUUGAUUGCGGUCGACAUUCGGAACUGGGUUUGGAAGACGCUCGGUAGGGACAUCGCAGUGUUGAAGAUUCUGAGCGCAGGUAGUAUAUAUCGAUUUUGCUUGGAUUUUGCAAAACAGAUACACGCUGGAACACAUCAAGCGGACGAGUCGUCGAGUGUGGAUACACCUCUGAGUUCACGCACUCCCUCAGAAGCAAGUGCCCCGUCGGUAGCAACGAGCACGGAUUCUGUGGAGAAAUCCGCAUCUCAGAAUUGA